CACUAAACGUGAUUUUUAUAAAUAAAUAAAUAAAAAAAAGUUAUUUCAUAAAUGUUCCAAGUGUCGCCCUUAAAAUUAAAUUAAAACUAAUAAAUGUUCCAUCGAAAUUACAAUGAAGAUUACAGAUCUAAACAUAGACUGUCUUCUGGUGAUUUUCAAGUAUUGCUCCGAAAGCGAGCUGAUGUCCUUGGGCAAGGCUAACCAGCACUUGGGCAGGAUUAUAGAUGCCAACAUAUUUUACCCACUCACGAGGGACUUACUUUUAUGCGGCCAUAGGAACGAACCUUGUGUUGAAAAAAGAAACAAAACACGUCUUACUUAUCAUGAGAGGCUUCAAGUAUCGAGAAAUUGGCUGAGCGGGACCUACCGGGAACGUCCCUACUAUCACCAUGCGCAUCUGUUCCCAACGAAGUUGUUCCUCGAAAAGGACGCCUUGUACGUCACACAUGACAGCUAUUUACGCAAAUACCGGCGACCUGCUACGGAGGCCCUGCCGCGAUUGUUUGAUGAAGAAAUCACCACUCCCACGAGGAGCGACAUAUCGGAUUUUGUAAAGAAGCAAGACACACUGUUUGCGGGUCGCGUCUGUGGCGCGUGCUUUCUGUGGGAUGCGAACGGUAUUACCGAACAGCAAAUGCAUCAGCCCAACGAAUACCUAUACUCCGUCGACUUCAUAAAUGAUGUCUAUGUCACCAGCACCGAUGCAUGCUGCAAGGUGUGGCAGCGUUCCCAAGAGUUUGGACUCACGCACUUUGAUCUGGCCGUGAAGCUGCAGCAUUCAUUCAAGUCUCUAAAGUUGAGUGCUAAUGGGGAAUGGCUCUACGGAGGCCUCUACACAGACAAGGGUCGGCGGGCAUUGCGAGCCAUCCACGUGGAGAGUGGCGAGGAGGUGGUACACAACUCAAACACAAUUUCCAUAUAUGAUCUGAAAAUAAAGGAUGAGCACGUUUUGUUCACGGCCAAUUUCGAUACGACAUUCAGAAUGUUUGAUCGUCGCAUCGAUCGAGAUGUUGCCAUUUGGGAGGAUCCGUUCGACUCUUCGUUCUACUGUCUCGAGUACGAUGGCCUGUACGCCGUACUCUGCGGCACCAACCGUCACGCCCGCGUCAAUCUCUACGACAUUCGAAUGCCAAAAUACGUGCAGUUGUUCUUUCCCGGGCGAACGCGCCAGCAGAACUGUCAGUCGCCCGUUUACAGUCUAGCCUGUGAUAGCCAAUAUCUGUUUGUGGCCACGGACCACAAUCUGCGAGUGUUCGACUUCAAAGCCAACUGCGGUGUCCGCAGGGACUACAGCCGCAUUUAUGAUUUUAAUCGCUAACAAAACCUUAUUUUUUUAAUUAGUAGUUGAAUUCAUAUUAAGAAAUUAUCUAUGGCCAAAAUCUGUAAAGCAGAAUAAAAAGGAUGAAAAGAUCAAUCAGGGUUCCGCAGACGUAUGCACUGGAUAUGCAGUUCAUCUGCAUCGAAUCCAUUAAGCCAUCCUAUAUAACUUCAAAGUAUGCCAUGCCAUGUAAAAGCGAGAGAAAAUAUAACAUACAGACAUC